GAAAUAUUGUUGUUCAAAUAGUUCCAUUCCCGGAGUUAUUUUACACUCUAUUAUGAAAUCCAUUAAAACACCAAACAACCCCGCUUAUCAUUAAAGUAUACUUUAGUGCACUUAGUACACUUUGACCCCUAGAAGUAUGAGUUCGCGGACUGUACAAUUCUUGGUGAUUUUGCGUAUAUAAGCUAUCUAUGUUUAUUUAUUUAUUUAUGGUUCUUCUUCAUUUUCCUGCCACUGUGACCUUUCCAAGUACCCCCUAGGCAUUAACCCUAGACACCCCCCUCAUUUUAACCAUUAACCCUAUCCCCCCUUGUAUCCCUUCCCCCCCUCUCCAUGUCAAGCCAGGACAUCCCCCCUAUACCCCUUCCCCCUCUCUAGGUCAAGCCAGGACAUGUUGCAUGGUCUACCUGUAUAUCUCUAGUUCUAUAGCUUUCCUCCAAGUUUUGUUAUUGUAAAUAUAUCUGAUUCUGUGAACAGUGUUUACAUAGUGACAACACGGUGUAAACAUUAUUAUUAAUCUAUGUGAUUAUUCUCCCUCGAUCCUCGGCUCCUUCUCUGCAGAAUUGAAAACUUUAAAAACCCAUAAAAAAUUAAAAUGAUUCUGAGUUGGACAAAAUCAUUUUUUCAAAUAACAGGCUUGGUCGUCGUUAUCUUGAUUUUCUACAGCUCUAGUUUAAUUUACAAGAAAGGAGACUACAAUCAAAUAUAUGAACCUGAGCUUGUGGAAUAUAAUAUAGAUUCAUCUUGUUCUUGUAAACCUAGGCUGGCACAAUCUUUAAAAAAUGUUGAUGAAUCCCUCUUACCUGGAAGUAUCAAUUACAAGCAGGUUGUAGAAGGACAGUAUGUUGGGAAAUCAACCUGUAAUAAUUAUACAACAGCGCUUGGAGCCGGGCAGAGGGUUUUAUCUUAUUCUUUUUAUACUCCUCCUAGAUCCCCUCAUGGCAGAAUUUUGGAGGAGGAUGCAUCUGACCUACGUUACACUGAACUAAUAUCAGACAUAAUCCAGCGUGCUGAGUUAUAUUAUCCCGGCUGGAGAAUUCGGAUUUACCACAAUAUUACAGAAGAAAAUUUUCAGAUAAAAUCCGAAUUAUGUAGAUUGUAUUGUGAAACUUCCAAUCUCGAUCUGUGUGACGUCACAAACAUUCACAGUUUGGGAAAUUUAAACAAAUUGUUCCCUGUUGGAAGAUUUUGGAGGUUUCAGGUUGUCGGGGACCCCACUGUUGAAAUGUUCGGUUCAAGAGACAUUGAUAGUUUCAUUCAAGAUAGAGAAGCAUUUGCAGUAAAGGAAUGGUUGAAUUCCGAAAAGCAAUUCCACAUAAUGAGGGAUGGUCCUUUUCACAGUGACGCCAUCUUAGCUGGUCUAUGGGGCGGGAAAAAUUAUGAAAACAUGGCAACUAUGUUUAAAGUUAAAAGAGCUCUGUACAGCGUUCAUCCUUCAACAAACAAAUAUUUAGACCAGAUUACUCUAAGAUUGAAAGUGUGGCCUUUAAUAAGAAUGCAUUCAGUAAUUCAUGACAGUUAUCUUUGCGAAAAAGGAUAUGUUGGUCCAGGAUGGCGGCCCUGGCCAACUAAAAGAAUUGGUUAUGUAUAUGUUGGCUACGGACCUACCAAGGAUGGACCUUCAGAACGUUUAUCUAAAACUCCAUGCCCUGUUGCAUGUCGACCACCUGCACAUAAGAACUGGAAAUACUGCUGAAAUGGUUGGAGAAGGCUCAGUAGACUGAAUGACUUCCUGGUGCAUAGGAUUUUGCAAUAAAUGCAAACAAUACAGUUUAUAAAAUAGAUUAUGCUGUUUUAAAUCCUAGAAAUGUCAGUUUAUAAAUACACAAAGAUAUUGUUGUAGACCAUUAAUCUAAUUUGAGACCUUUUUUCCCUUAAAUGUCGUCUUUACCAGCACAAGUCCAAAACAAACACUUUCACCGACUCUACCUCUUUAGUCUAUAACUCUGACAAAGGAAAAUCAAAACAGUGAAACGUUUUACCAUGUGAAAGAUCGAAUCCACAAAUAACUUUGCAAUCCAUAGUAAAUUCCACUUAAGCAAUCGGGUAUAUAUUUUCAGAAGUAUUAUAAAUUUUUCAAACUACACCAUCCAACCCUCAAACCCUUAACCACUCCAUUUCUCUCCGACACUAAAUAAUAGUAAGAUAUUUUAUCAAAUAUUUUAACUACAUUAAAAUUUUGUCAUUCAUGUUUAACUUAAUAACUAGUAAGCUAUGUUAUCUAACAUUUUAACUACAUUAAAAUAUUGUUAUAUUCAUGUUUAAGACCUGUAAUUUAUUACAGGUUUGAAAUAAAUCUACUUUAUGAUUA